CUGUGGCAGCGUGUGGGCCGGCGCCGCUCUGAGCCUCCGCCGCCGGUCUAGCCGAGAGCCCGCCGCCAUGACCCGGGCGCUGGUGGUGGGCGCGGGGCUGACCGGAAGCCUGUGCGCCGCGCUGCUGAGGAAGGAGAUAGCUGGGCCCCUGUACCUCGCCCUGUGGGACAAGGCUGAGGACGCAGGGGGAAGAAUGACUACUGCCAAGUGUCCCCAUAACCCCGGAUGCACAGCCGACCUGGGAGCUCAGUACAUCACCUGCACUCCUCAUUAUUCCCAAAAGCAUCAAAAGUUUUACGAGGAGCUGUUAGCGUGUGGGAUUUUGGAGCCUCUGACCUCUCCUAUUGAAGGAAUGGAAGUGAGAGAAGGGGAUUGCAACUUUGUGGCACCUCAAGGAAUGUCUUCAAUUCUUAAGCACUACUUAAAAGAGUCAGGUGCAGAAGUCCUCCUCAAACAGCAUGUGACGCAGAUCAACCUGAGAGAUAACAAGUGGGAGGUCUCCAGGGACAUAGGCUCCCCUGAGCAGUUUGACCUUGUGAUCCUCACCAUGCCAACUCCUCAGAUUCUGGGACUUCAAGGUGACAUUGUGAACAUAAUUAGUGAAUGCCAAAGGCAGCAGCUGGCAUCUGUGAGCUACUCCUCUCGCUAUGCUCUGGGCCUCUUUUAUGAAGCAGGCAUGAAGAUUGACGUGCCUUGGGCAGGCCGGUACAUCAGCGGUAAUCCUUGCAUACGCUUCAUCUCCAUUGAUAAUAAGAAGCGCAAUAUAGAGUCAUCGAAAUUUGGUCCAUCCCUGGUGAUCCACACCACCGUCCCAUUUGGAGUUACACACUUGGAGCACAGCGAGGAGGAUGUGCAGGAGUUAAUCACCCAGCAACUGGAAAACAUUCUUCCAGGUUUGCCUCAGCCAGUGGCUACCAAAUGCCAGAAGUGGAGAUAUUCACAGGUUACAAGCUCAGCUGCCAACAGUCCGGGCCAGAUGACUCUUCACCUCAACCCUUUCCUGGUGUGUGCAGGGGAUGGAUUUACUCACUCCAACUUUGAUGGGUGCAUCACCUCUGCCCUGAGUGUCGUGGAAGCUUUAAAGAAGUGUAUUUAGUGUCUAUGUUCUUGCUUUCUACAUUUACUUAGGGAUUUUUGUUUUUGCAGACUUCUAUUAUAAAUUAUUCUAUUUUCCCUUUUGGGGAGAGAAAUUACUUGGAAAAAUGUCUUCACUUACUGUCAUUUUUCAUAUGAAAUACAAAAACAAUGUUAUAAUUUUGAUAGCUACCACCAAUAGUAAAAUAAUAAUUUCUUAGACUUUACUUCUUACCUAUUUUUCUGGUUUUCUAUUACCAAUCCUUGUUGAAAGAAAAUGGUGCUUAUGAGGCACAAAUAACCCAUCUCCACAAUUAUACUAAAUUAAAGUUCUCAUUCAUUGGAAACCUUUAUUAUUCUUUUGAAAGUUUCACUUCUGAAUAAAUAACAAUCAUUACCAAGUCUCAUUUUAUAACUUCAUGCAUAUCCUUGAACUGAUGUUUUUGCAAAUGACUGAAAUGCAAGAUGUCUCUGAAACAUG